GAAACAGAGAGAGAAACAGGAAAGAGAAAAAAAAAUGCAGAAGAGGGAACAAGGAAAGCAAGGUGGAGCUUCAGGUAGUUCGGCCCCGCCGGCGGCCAAAAGAGGACGACCAUUUGGCAGCGGAGGAAACAAUGCCGCUGCCGCCUUAGCUGCCGCAGUUUCAGCUGACUCGGCCGCACCUUCUAAUCUCCUCGGUCCAUCUCUUCAAGUUCAUUCUUCCUUCGCAGAUCAAAACAAUAAAAGAAUAGUUCUUGCUCUUCAGAGUGGAUUAAAAAGUGAAUUGACGUGGGCAUUGAACACCCUUACUUUACUUUCCUUCAAAGAAAAGGAUGAUGUACGGAAAGAGGCAACUCCUCUAGCAAAAAUACCUGGAUUGCUCGAUGCCCUUCUUCAAGUUAUAGAUGAUUGGCGUGAUAUUGCAUUACCAAAGGAACUUGUAAAAGCACCAAGGGUUAGGUCAUUGGGAGGGAACUCCACUGUAACAGGAUUUGGACAUGAAUAUGAAGCUUUGAGCUCAAAAGAUCCCAAUCCACGCGGUGUGGGACCAGUUUCUUCUGCGAUGGAGGCCUCUCAGUCUAAGUCUGGAGGCCAAAAACGUCAUUCGGACUGUUGGACAGAUGAAGAUGGUCUUUUCAGUCUAGAUGAUGAAGGUAGAGCCGAAAAGCAACAAUGUGCUGUUGCUGCUUCAAAUAUUAUCCGCAAUUUCUCAUUCAUGCCAGAUAAUGAAGUCAUAAUGGGCCAGCAUCGUCAUUGUUUGGAAACUCUUUUUCAGUGCAUUGAAGACUACAUAACUGAGGACGAGGAACUUGUCACAAAUGCCCUUGAGACAAUAGUCAAUAUUUGCCCUUUGCUGGAUCUCAGAAUCUUUAGUUCGGCAAAACCUUCAUUCAUCAAGAUAACGGAAAAACGUGCAGUAAAAGCGAUUUUGGGAAUGCUUGGAUCUUCCGUAAAAGCCUGGCAUUGUGCAGCAGCCGAGCUAAUUGGCCGUCUGAUUAUUAAUCCAGAUAAUGAACCCUUUAUUCUUCCAUUUGGCUCUCAGAUUUAUAAGCGGCUGGUUGACAUCUUGAGCUUACCGGCUACAGAUGCUCAAGCAGCCGGUGUUGGUGCACUCUAUCACCUAGCCGAAGUCAACAUGGACUGUCGUUUGAAGCUUGCCAGUGAGCGUUGGGCGGUUGAUCGAUUGCUAAAAGUGAUAAAGGCUCCACAUCCAGUGCCAGAAGUGUGUAGAAAAGCGGCACUGAUAUUAGAGAGCCUAGUUUCUGAGCCUCAGAAUAGGGGGAUGCUCCUUGUCUACGAGAAUGCCUUUGUGGAAAUACUUAUGUCUGAUGGAAGAUAUUCCGACACGUUUGCUAGGAUAUUGAAUGAGUUGACAGCCCGGCCCAGCAGCAAAGUGGCGACGGCUCGGGGCAUUUGGGGCAUGUAAUCCAAACAAACACUGUAAGUUUACUCUUUCUACAUAGCAACUAUAUAUAUAUUAGGAAAACAUAUUCAGUGAGAUUUAUGUAGUAUUAUUUGUUCCUUUCUAUGUAAUACUACUCAUGUUGAACUGGAAAUUCUGAAUUUUAAGUGCAGAAAUUAGUACAAGUCUCGGAAAAAUAAAUGCUCAAUAAAUUUUAAAAAGUGAUAUAAACUUUAA